AUGGGAAAACAGCUGGGAACAGCACACCCUGGAACUGCUCAAGAAUUGCUCAGAAUGGCUCAGGCUCUGCUGGAGCUGCUCAAGAUUUUGCACAACAGCAGUUCCAACAACACCAGCAGUGACUUGACCUUGUCACCUUGCAACUCACCAAAGCAAGAUGAGUUGGAAGAUUCUAUUUAUCCGUUACCUCUGCGCAAGAAAGGCCAGGAGUCAAAGACUUCGAGCCACACCAGGAACUCUUCUUGCACAUCAUCCAGCAAGGAAAAGAAUAAUAGGUCGGCACACCCUGGAACUGUUGUAGAAGAUUAUGGCUUUGAUUGCCAGGAAGGUAAUGCAGUGGAUUGCUUUGUAUCUCGACCCACUGAGAAAAGCGUCUUCAUGGUGUUCAUGCAAUGCAUAGCUGGCAUUUCAUUGUUCCUCAACAUUCUGGAGAUCCUGCACUUGGGCUACAAGAAACUUAAAAAGGUCAUUCUUAACUACUACCCACAGCUGAGGGAUGAUCCCAAUGACAGCUACUAUCCCAACAAAGUGAAGAAAGAUUCUGUGGUGCAUCAGACGUGCAUUGGUACCUCCACUGGCCGUAAGGCCACCAUUGCAUCUGCACCCAGUGGAUACAACCUUCUUCUUGAUCGACCACCUGAUGGAGCUGCUUAUCCUCCUUUGAUUAACCCAUCCUCUGCUUUCCUGCCUGUUCAGGGUGAUUUACCAGCUAAAAACGGUGCUGAUGAACCAAAGUACUUGCAAAACAGUCCCACAGAGCACAACAGCAAUUCAAACAAUACCAGCAGUGACUCGCACUCACCACCUUGCAACUCUGUCACUCCACCAAAGCAAGACGAAGGGGAAGAUUCUGUCCAAACUUUACCACUGCACAAGAAAGGCCAGGAGUCUAAGUCUUCAGAAUCAUCGGGCCACACCAGAGAAUCUUCUCAUGCCUCAUCCAGCAUGGGAAAGAAACCUUGGAAGGGUAGUGCUCCCUGGAACUGCUCAACGGUCGUAGAAGGUAAUGGCUCAGACUCAGAUUCCCUGGAGGGCUCCAAAGCUCGCUGUCCCUAUUCUGCGGUGCGGGCACGUACCUCCUCCAGGUCUGAUACCAAGCUGAGCAGACCCACCUCCCCUGAUUCAGUUGAAGAAUCGAGCUCUGAGUCACGGCAUAGUCCACGAGUGUCACCGAGCCAUCGUGCCUCAUUGGCCAGCAGUUCCAGCAGCAGACGAGCAGCUCCCACAGACUUACAGAUUUAAGGAAAGCUCAUUAUGGCCUCCGUACAAUUCAGUCACACAACAGAAGAAAGACAAAGAUUCUGUCUAGCUGUUAUCUCUUCUCUAGAAAGGCCAGGAGUCUAAGACUUAAAACUCAUUGAGCCAUUCUUGGAAAUCUUCCCGUGCAUGAUCUAGCAUGGGAAAACAGCUGGGAACAGCACACCCUGGAACUGCUCAAGAAUUGCUCAGAAUGGCUCAGGCUCUGCUGGAGCUGCUCAAGAUUUGUAGAAGCGAAUGGCUUAGACUCUAAAGGCACCAAAGCUCUCUGCCCUUAUUCUGUGAUGCAGGCUUAACAUCAUCCAGGUAUGAUUCAAAACUCAGCAAGCUCACCUCUCCUGAUUCAUUUGGGGCAUGGCACAGUCCACCAGUGUCAACAUGCCAUCAUUUGCAAGUAGCAGACAAGCAGUGCCCACAGAUUUACAGAUAGAAGAAAAAAAUCAUUAUGGACAAGUCAUGUUUACAGUUGGAUAAUGACCAGAGUGACUGUUUAAGUUUACAACUCUGAUAUGAGCACAAAAGUAAGCUCAGACUCAAGAUAAAUAUCCAACUUCUAAAAGUACUCCUAAAAGUUUUGUUUACACAGUAUUUGUAUAUAAUAAUUCUGAUGCACCAAAGUACUUGCAGAACUGUUUCACAGUGCACAACAGCAGUUCCAACAACACCAGCAGUGACUUGACCUUGUCACCUUGCAACUCACCAAAGCAAGAUGAGUUGGAAGAUUCUAUUUAUCCGUUACCUCUGCGCAAGAAAGGCCAGGAGUCAAAGACUUCGAGCCACACCAGGAACUCUUCUUGCACAUCAUCCAGCAAGGAAAAGAAUAAUAGGUCGGCACACCCUGGAACUGUUGUAGAAGAUUAUGGCUUUGAUUGCCAGGAAGGUAUUAAAGCUUGCCAUCCCUGUGCCACUGUGUGGGCAUAUACUUUGUCCAGAUCCAGCUGCAAGGUGGGCAGGCCCAUCUCUCCUGAAUCAGUUGAACAACUGAGCUUGAAGCACCUCAGAAGUGCCAGUUGCAGACUAACAGCUCCCACAGACUCAUGGUGAAAAAAAGUAGAUUUGUUGUAAAAUCUACAUC